AUGGACUACUUGACAAUGAAAUGGAAAAUGUGGUACAAAUUUCUUGACGUCAAUAAUGACGGCAAAAUGUCAACGGCAGAUACCGAGGAGUCACGAAAUAAAUUCACCGGUCUUCAUCAUCUCGUUGAUGACAAGGCUGAUUCCCUGGGGUCGUAUAUGGAUAAAUGGUGGAACACGUACGUCCUUCCCGCCUCUGGUGGCGAGGUCUCUAAAGAUGAAUUCCUCUCCCGUCUAUCUGCCUCUUAUAACAAAGACAAAACAGCCUUCAAGAUGAAAAUGGAGAAAUGUUUUCAAGUCAUGUCUAACAUCAUAGACACAAACAAAGAUCGCUCCAUCGACUUCAAAGAAUUUCAAAUUGCUUUCUAUGCAUUCGGAUUCAAUAAACCCAAGGUGAUUAGAAAAGCAUUUAAAGAGUUUAAUGAUGGAAAUAUGGUGAUGCGAUAUCGUGAUAUUGUAUCUGCGUGGGUCCAGUUCGUGACCGAUGAAGACCGCUCCAAACCUGACUACGUGCAGGAAGCCUUGAAAUCCGGAGUUUAA